UUGGAAAUUGUAUUUUGCUCUUAUUUUUUAUUGACAGUAUUAGAGAGAGAGGCCUCUCUGGGUCGUUCAGGCUUGAUACAGUGCUGGUGCUCUCAAAGCUGUAGGUCAGUCACGAGCCUGGAUGGGCUGAAUGAUCUACUCUCGUCAUUACUGUACAUAUUCUAAUCACUGACUCUACAUCCAGGUGACCAUGGAGAAUGUAUCAGCAGUGACGUCCUUCAUUUUGACAGCAUACACUGAACUGGAAGAGCACAGAUAUUUAUACUUUGUAUUUUUCCUUCUUGUGUACAUGCUUACAUUAUUGGCCAAUUCAGUUCUGAUCCUGGUCAUUUGCAUUGACAGAGGUCUGCAUGAACCCAUGUAUUUAUUUAUCUGUAAUUUAGCAGUGAAUGAACUUUAUGGCAGCACAUCUUUAUUGCCAUCAAUCCUUUGUCAUUUAUUGUCUCAUAAUUAUGAAAUAUCACUCACGUUCUGUCUGUUACAGAUCUUCUGUUUGCAUCUAUACGGUUCAGUUGAUUUUACUAUUUUAGCAGUGAUGGGCUACGACCGGUAUGUCGCCAUUUGUCGUCCAUUACACUAUCACCUCCUCAUGCCUCAUAGAAAAGUGUGCACACUUAUUUUAACGUGCUGGAUUUAUCCUUGUAUUUUGUUUGGGUUGUUUUUCAUGCUCACUGUACAGCGCACAUUUUGUGGCAGAAUCAUAGAACGGAUGCAUUGUCUUAAUUCUGAUUUAACCAAACUGUCUUGUUUUGAAAUUUCUAUUCAGAGCAUAGUUGGGCUUUUUGUAGCUUUUCUUGUAAUUGUUCCACAGCUGCUCAUGAUACUAUUUUCCUAUGCACAAAUAUUCAAAAUCUGCCUUUUUGCUUCAAAGGAAUCUCAGAGAAGAGCUCUUCAAACAUGCACCCCACAUGUACUGGCUGUUGUUGGCUAUGCAUUGGGAGCAUUUUUUGAAGUCAUCCAAAGUAGGUCUAAUAACAGUCAUGUACUUCAUAAAGCUCACAUGUUCUAUUCUCUUUAUUCUUUGGUAUUUACCCCAAUAUUUAAUCCUGUAGUUUAUGGAAUUUGCAUUCAAACCAUACGAGUUCGAAUUUACAAACUGUUUAGUGGUAAAACCAGUAAGUUAACUCCAGGGAAGGUGGUGAUGAAAUAAUUUUCUCUGUCAUUUAUAUUUUCUUAAAUCUUGCACUGUUGACCACUGGGUGAUCAAAACAGGGAAAGAGCUUUUAAUCGGUUAGUAAAAAACAGCAAUAUUAAGAAUGACUGAAUGACCAAUCAACAAAACAAAAAAAGUCCCCCCACCCCCCAGCUAACUGGAGACUGGUCAAUAGCUCAGGACUGCAGUUGUACUAAUUACACCUGUUUUGUAUCCUUUAAGUGUGGAAUAGGCCCUUCCUCCACUCCAGGAGGGGCCUACUGGAUGACAGUGUUUGUAUGUGAUAUUAGUGUACUGGUGAUUGUACCUGGGCCUGGUUUUUGCAGUAGGUUUGCUUUGCUUUGUACUGGCCAUUUAGUGAUGUCUGUUUCCAUGAAUGACUUUAUCAUGUCUUGCGGCUUUGGGCAGGCCAAAACAUAUUCCCAUUCAUAUUCCCAUUCUCGCAUUUCAAAAUAAAAAUAAAAGAUUCUUUCUAC